AUUGAUAAGCUCAGGAAUGCGUUUGCUGGCAAGCUUUGUCAUUUAUGUGCUGUUCAUUUGGAACCAGCUCAUCGGUUCUAUAAACCAGGGAUCUCAACCCCUGAUUUCCCUUUUAUUCCGUAUUAUAUUUAUACCCUUCGCUCUCUCUCUCAUAAAAAUCCAAACUUUCUCUUCUUCCAUACUUCUCUUUCGCGAAGGUAGAGUAUUUUUUUUUGACGGUGGGAUUGGAGAAUGUCGAAGUCUGGAGCUCUGGAUCUUGCCACUGGAGUGGGUGGAAAGAUCAACAAGAAGGAAGUUCAAUCGGCUGUUGAACAGUAUGAGAAAUAUCAUGUCUGUUUUGGAGGGGAUGAGGAAACCCGGAAAACAAACUACAGUGAUAUGGUAAAUAAAUACUAUGACCUGGCCACCAGCUUCUAUGAAUUUGGUUGGGGGGAGUCUUUUCACUUUGCUCACAGAUGGGUGGGAGAGUCUUUACGUGAGAGUAUUAAGCGUCAUGAACACUUUCUUGCCCUGCAGUUGGGCUUGAAAAGAGGAAUGAAGGUGUUGGAUGUGGGAUGUGGGAUUGGUGGACCUCUACGAGAAAUUGCAAGAUUUAGCUCAACAUCUAUUAUCGGAUUGAAUAACAAUGAAUACCAGAUAUCAAGGGGAAUAGAAUUAAACCGUGUGGCUGGUUUGGACAACACUUGCGACUUUGUCAAGGGUGAUUUCAUGAAAAUGUCAUUCCCUGACAACACAUAUGAUGCCGUGUAUGCAAUCGAAGCCACAUGCCAUGCACCUGAUGCAAUGGGAUGCUAUAAGGAAAUUUACAGAGUAUUGAAGCCUGGCCAGUGUUUUGCUGCCUAUGAAUGGUGCAUGACUGAUCAUUAUGAUCCCAAUAAUGAAACUCAUAAAAAAAUUAAGGCCGAAAUUGAGCUCGGCAACGGCCUACCAGAUGUGAGAUCAACAGCUCAGUGUCUCGAAGCCUUGAAACAGGCUGGUUUUGAGGUUAUAUGGGAGAAGGAUCUCGCAGCAGACUCACCAGUGACUUGGUAUCUGCCUCUCGAUACUAGUCGGUUCUCCAUAACUAGCUUCCGUUUGACAGCAUUCGGACGUUUCGUAACAAGAACCAUGGUCAAAACACUAGAGUACGUGGGUCUUGCGCCCGCAGGAAGUGAACGGGUUUCAUCCUUCUUAGAGAAAGCUGCUGAAGGACUUGUGGAAGGUGGAAGGAAGGAGAUCUUCACACCAAUGUAUUUCUUUUUGGUCCGAAAGCCCUUAUCGGAUUCUUGAGAGCAUUUUCUCCAUCCAUUGAAAAUCUCCAAGAUUCUUAACAUUUGAAAGUUUUAGCUUAAGAAACUGAUUUAUUUAUUUUCAAUUAGAAACUAUUAGCCGUUC